AUGCAACCACCUUGGGAACAUGUGGCAACUAAUCUCCGCAUUUUCCUCUGCCACUGUUGGUUCGAUCCCGCGCCUGUCAUGGCUCUCUCCUCCGUCGCUGCCACGUCAGCUAAGGCGACCGUCGCGCCGAGGCUGACUGCCGCCGUCAGCCAGGACAAUGCUCUCAGCGCCGCUGGACUCGUGCCGCUCAAGCAGCGCAAUCUGAGGACGGGAUUCCUCGGCGAGGCCGUUCGACAGCAGGCUCAGGCGGCUAGCCGGCCAGUCCUGGCCGGCAAGUCAGCCGGCCGGCCGGCGACGGUGACGGCGCGCACGUCGGGGUCGCAGUACGAGGUGGAGGUGGACAAGCCGCUCGGCCUCACGCUCGGCGACAAGCCCGGCGGCGGCGUGCAGAUUUCGGGUGUCGCCCCCGGAAGCAACGCGGCGAAGGCGGGCAUCAAGGUGGGCGACCAGGUGGUCUAUACGAGCAGCUUCUUUGGCGACGAGCUCUGGCCGUCCGACAACCUCGGCUUCACGCGCACGGCCGUGAACGCCAAGCCCGACUCCGUCUACUUCGUGCUCGCCAGGGGCGGCUAUGUGGACGUGAAGCGCCUGCCUAAGAGACCCGCGCCUUCCCGGUUCGGACGCAAGCUGACCGAGGCCCAGAAGGCUCGGGCCACGCACAUCUGUCUGGACUGUGGCUUCAUCUACACUCUGAACAAGCCCUUUGAGGAUCAGCCUGACUCCUACGAGUGCCCGCAGUGCUCAGCACCCAAGAAGCGCUUUGCUCGCUACGACCCGGUGAAUGACCGGGCUAUCGGUGGGGGCAGCACUCCUAUCCUCUCCCUCAUCUCCAUUGUUGUUGGCGUUGCCGCCAUCGCUGCUGCUGCCUACUACGGCUUCCAAUGA